AGAAGCCCAUGCACAUCAGUUACCCAAAGUUGUCAGACAGUUUGAGCCUGCUUUACAAGGCGAGCCCUGCAGGUGGGAUGCCCCCAGACAACCACAGGUGACUGGAAUACAACAAGGAGGCCUUGGCCAAAUGACAGUUUGGUGUGUAUAGGAUGGAAGUGUUGAACAGGAAGGCAAACUCGAGGGCAACAUGGUGGAUCCUCCUUCUCCUGCCGCUGGCUCUCCUGCACGGUACCACAGGCCAGAGAAGAACUGGACGUAGGAACAACUACAGGCUGCCAGACGAUGGAGGAAAUGCUCCCACCUGCUCCCUGGAAGUGGUUUUCAUCCUGGACAGCUCCGAGAGCGCCAAGAUCUCCCUGUUUGAGAAGCAGAAAGGUUUUGUGCUGAGCUUCAGUACUCGCCUGUCCAUGCUGCAGGUGGCCGGCUGGACGCUGAAGGUGCGAAUGGCCGCCCUCCAGUACAGCAGCACCGUGUCGGUGGAGCACAGGUUCUCGGCCUGGAAAAACCUGGACUCCUUCCACGGCCCGGUCAGUGUCAUGAGCUACAUUGGACACGGCACCUACACCACCUACGCCAUCUCCAACGCCACGCAGUUGCUGGUGCAAGAGACACCAGACGACAGCGUCAGGGUGGCUGUGCUGAUGACCGACGGGGUGGACCACCCCCGGAACCCCGACGUGAUCGUGGCUGCGGCGGAGGCCAAAGCUAAUGGGAUCAAGAUCUUCGCUGUGGGCUUGUCGGACAUCGCUCGGCAGAGUCACAACAGCGCCAAGCUGCGGGCGGUCGCCAGCGCGCCCGCUCAGCAGUUUGUUCAGAGUCUUCUGGAUCCUCAGCUGGAGCAGAAGCUGCUCAAAGAGAUGGGUACAGUCGUACUGGAAGAGUGUCCAGAAGCUCAGGUGUGUUUGUGUGAAAGAGGAGACCGAGGACCCCCAGGAGCUCCGGGCAGAAAAGGCGAGGCGGGUUUCAGAGGGCCGCCUGGUGCUCUGGGAGAGAAGGGGGAGUCCGGCGUGAACGGUCGACCAGGAAGUGACGGUCCAGAGGGUCGUCCGGGUUACAAGGGCAACAAGGGGGAGAGGGGGGAGUGUGGUCCUCCUGGGACUAAAGGUGACCCGGGUUCGGAGGGACAUCCUGGACUACGAGGACCAAAGGGAAAACAGGGAGAGACUGGACCACCUGGUGACAUUGGCCUCGAGGGACCACCUGGACAAAAAGGCGAUCGAGGGCCUGGUGGUGACCCUGGUCCACCGGGUGACUUUGGUAUUGGCUUUCCAGGAGCCAAGGGUGAAAAAGGUAUCCAGGGAAGGCCAGGUCCAACAGGUCCACUUGGCAUCGGAGAACCAGGAAUACCAGGUCCUCUUGGACCACCGGGACUACGAGGAAACCCUGGACCACCUGGAGAGGGUCCUGCAGGGCCAAAGGGUGAUCGUGGACUUGAAGGACCCCGGGGGAAUCGUGGGCUGCCUGGUAUCGGGUUCAAAGGUGACAAGGGCAGUCUUGGUCCACCUGGACAGCCUGGUCCAGUUGGUUCUCCCGGUGUUGGGUUCCAAGGAGAAAAGGGUGACCAAGGCCCUGCAGGACCCACGGGCCCCAGAGGAGCUCCAGGUGUGGGAAUACCAGGACCUAAGGGAAAUCAGGGAUUCUCAGGAGUACCAGGACCCCCUGGCGAGAGAGGUGUGGGAGCGCAAGGACCAAAAGGAGGUAUGGGGGCCGAGGGCCUUCCAGGCAUUCCUGGUCAACCAGGAGAGGAUGGGGUACCAGGGCAAAAGGGUGACAUUGGAUUACCAGGCCCCAGGGGACCAGAUGGCAGUCCUGGUAAAGGCACCCCUGGACAGAAGGGGGAUAGAGGGGACAGAGGGACCAGAGGUCUGCCGGGUGCUGUUGGCCCUGUGGGGCCAAUGGGACCAAAGGGCGAUCCUGGAUUUAUUGGGCCACCUGGUGCACCAGGACAACCAGGGAGGGGUAUUCCUGGUGCCAAGGGAGAGCCAGGUCCACAAGGUCCUGCUGGAGUAAUAGGUGAACCCGGUCGCGGAAUAAUUGGACCCAAGGGUGACAGAGGGUUUCCAGGGCCUGCUGGGUUAUCAGGAGGUAAAGGAGAAGGCAUGCCAGGUCCUCCAGGGCUCCCAGGACCCCCUGGCUUGACAGGUGAGCCUGGACCAGAUGGAGUAGGCUUACCAGGACCGAAGGGAGACAGAGGCCUGCCUGGACUGCCUGGGCCUGCAGGUGCGCCAGGAGUAGGCCUCCUUGGGCCAAAGGGUUCCAUUGGCGUGAUGGGUCCUCCUGGACCACAGGGCCCCACAGGAGAAGGUAUCCAAGGACAAAAGGGAGAGCCUGGAUUUCAGGGGAUUCCUGGCCCAAGAGGUCCUCCUGGAAUAGGACUUCAGGGAGAUAAGGGGGACCGAGGCUUCACUGGUGAGAGAGGAAAAAAGGGAGACAGUGGGUCUGGCGGAGAACCCGGAGCCACUGGACCUUCGGGAAGAGUGGGACAAAAAGGUGAACCUGGACUUACAAGGGAAGAAAUCAUCCAAAUCGUGAGAUCAAUAUGCAAUUGCGGGGUGACAUGCCGCCAAAGCCCCUUGGAACUGGUCUUUGUAAUCGACAGCUCCGAAAGUGUGGGUCCAGACAACUUCAAUAUCAUCAAGGACUUUGUGAGCACCCUUGUCGACCGGGCAUCUGUGGCCAGGGACACCACACGGGUGGGGGUCGUCCUGUACAGCCACAUCAACACGGUCGUGGUCAGCCUCAGCCAGGCGGCCUCCCAGGAUGAAGUCAAGUCGGCAGUACGCUCCAUGACUUACCUGGGCGAGGGCACCUUUACAGGCAGCGCCAUCCAGCGGGCCAAUCAGGUUUUCCGAGCGGCCAGAGCGGGAGUAAGGAAGUUGGCGAUCGUCAUCACGGACGGCCAGGCCGACAAGAGGGACUCGGUCAGUCUGGAGAGCGCGGUGAGGGAAGCCCAGGGAAGUAACAUCGAGAUGUUUGUGAUCGGGGUGGUCAACACCAGCGACCCGCUGUUUGUGGAGUUCAGGAAGGAACUGGACCUCAUGGCUUCAGAACCAGACAGUGACCACGUGUACCUCAUUGACGACUUUAAGACCCUGCCAGCCCUCGAGAAGAAACUCUUAAGUCGCAUCUGCGAGGACAGUCAAAAUGGAUCGCUCCAGCACAGUCCACCUCAACCCGCAAGAGAAGCUGCAGCUCCGCAGAGACCAAAAAUAGACCACAGAACUUCGUCAGAAACCCAGAGACUGCCAUUCUUUGACAGAGAACCUUUCAGACCACAAACGACCGUCGAGACAAAGCACACCAUCAUGGCUGGAGUCAACGGGCCGAUGGCCCCCACUAUGAAAACACCACGGGGGUCCCGUCCACCCAUGACUUCUGCAUCCUCGCAGCGCUGCAGUCAGGUCCUGGACCCGGGGCCAUGUCGGGACUACGUGGUGAGGUGGUACUACGACGCCACGGCCAACUCCUGUGCUCAGUUCUGGUAUGGAGGCUGUCAGGGUAACACCAACCACUUUGACAGCGAGAGGAGCUGUAAAGAAGCUUGCGUGCGUAUCUAAUAUUACUACAAACUUCAUAACGUUCUUGGUAAUGUACUUUACCACCAAGGUGCUUCAACAUGCCUCUUUAACCAAGCAUGACUUUAAUGUGAACACAAUGUUUAAUAAGCUCUUUGAUGGACAUUAAAAACUCAUUUUUGUGAUUUACUUACUUGAAAAGUUUUUUAAACCACUAACUAUUCAGUAAAGCCAAUCAUGUUGUACUAUUUUUUGGACUUUAUAUUUGUGAAAAUGGUACUUUAAAUACAGUAAUGUCAUUAAACAAUAAAGCUAUUUUUGAAUCA